AUGGCGUCCGCCGACUCUUUCAUCAUCCACGACGACAACUUCGCCUCGACCGACAAUGACGAGCUCGAUUCCCUGCCAUCCAUCUCCAGCAGCGUGAUUGACUCCGAGGCCGACUCCGAGGCGCAGGCCGAGUGGGAGCGAAGCUUGGAGCAGAUGCAGCUGAUGCUGACCAUGAUCAUUGUUCCCUUUGUCGGCAAAUACUUUGGCAGGAAGUUUGCCUUCUGGAGUUGGGGUCGCUACAUGGAAUGGAUGCACAACGUCGAGAUUAGGUGGACGAACAAGGCCAAGUUCAAGGCCGUGGGAGUGGCAGAGGCGGCGGCAACGCUGUGA